CAGUGCAUUCCGUCAGAAUCGCAUUCCGUACCGGAUUACUUAGCUGAAUUCAUCCGCAUUGAGAAACGCCGUGGUUUUGUCGGCGGUGAUUAUGCUGGAUUUAUCACACUCCACUCGUCAGCACCAUAUGUGCGCUUUAUCCCUGCCAGCUGAGGUCAUCUAUCGGCGUGCUGCAGGUAGUGAUUUUCUUGAUUAACAGCUGGCGCGGAUCGGCGCAACUGAUUCCAGGUAUUACCAUCACAAAACAAUCGCGUUGCACUUCCGCUCUUGUCUACGAUACUGUACUAGUAACUGUACAGCACUUGAUCGACUCCAUUUCUAUCGCCUUCUUGCUCGUGGAUAUUUUCACCUUGCUGUUGCUCUUUAUAUUCUUAAGGGAAAAAUUCCGGGACGUGGUUUAAUUACAUACUGAAUCGGGGUUUUUUAUGGAAGUGGGAUAAACAAUCUGCGUAUACGAGAAAGCGCAAGCGAUAAAUUCCCGGUUGGUCAGUGGAAUAAACAGUGAAAGCGCGAGUGAUCGAGUUCUCGGUUGGUCAGACCAAUCAGCUGCCCAGCUGUCAUUCGUGUUCUGACAUGUUUGCAGUCUGAAUCAACGUGCAGGUUCUUCCGCGUCUGCAGUCCACAAGCAACUGUGAUUUCUCCACUCUUUCUCUCGUCUCCAGUUGGACUCAUUAAUUUGGGAAUUAUUAGCGUGAUAACUGGGUGGAAAUUAUCCAUCACCGUGUGAUCAGGAAGAUGAUGGAGGAGUCCGCGUCCGACGAGCAGGGCUGGGCUGACUUCACGCUGGCCAGCAGCCAUUUUGACUUCGCCUCCUGCCCCUCCCCGCCCUCCUCCGCCGCGACACGUCCCACCCCCGACAGCUGCAGCGGGACGAGCCCGGUCGCGCGCUCUAUCCCAUGCAGCGGCGCGGAGUGGCUGGCGGAGACGGAGAGCCUGAGUCGCUCGGCGCCCGACUCGGCGCCGCUGUCGGAGGGAUCGGGGACGGGCGCAACCUGGCGCUGGCCGGGCAGUCGCGGAUCAACCGAACUGGUGGACUACGCGGAGGAGCAUCCCCAGCCGCUGUCGCACACGGCCAGUCUGGACCGCUCGCUGUCCGCGUCGUCGGAGAGGGGGAAUCUGAUGGUGUUCGAGCAGGAGCAGGAUGUCUGCUCGUUGGCCGAUUUAGACGUCAGGUCGGACAGCGAGUACCUGACGCGGCUGACGGAGAUGGAGCAGGAGCAGGAGAUGCUCAACUCCUCGCUCAUGUCGCUGACCACGCACUUCGCCCAGGUCCAGUUCCGGCUGAAACAGAUCAGCCUCGCCGACGACAUGCAGGCCAAAGAGAAGUUAAUUAAAGAACUGGAGCUGUUCGCGUUCGAAGGCUGCCCGGAUGUGCGGGGUAUGGCGCCGCGUCGGGCCUCCAUUGAGACGACGGAUGAGGACCACACGCAGCACUACGAGCAACAGGCGAUGGAGACCAAGGAGCUCAUCCAGCGCCUGCAGCGCCAGUUGACCGACGUCGAGCAGUGGGCCUACGAGAGCGGCCAGUCGGAUGCGCCGUCGUUGGCCGUUCUGGAGAAGCAGCGCAUGAUCCUCGGCACCCUGCAGGAGCGCGUCAAGCUCAGUCUGGACGGACUGGAGCAUCUCUCCCCGGAGGAGAUGCGCCAGAAGGUCGACGAGGCGAUCGAAUCGAUAAUCUCCCCGUACCGGAAGAAGGAGCUCGCGCAGGAGCGCACCCUGACCAACCUCCAGACCUUCGUCGACGACCUGGAGCGCUACAUCCAGCACAUCCAUAAAGCGCCGUCAUCCUCCGGAAGUCCCGGGAAGCCAGUUCCCCCGUCGGCACUAACUACCGUCAGCCUGCCGCGGCCGGUCAUCCGCCGCGAGACCCCGGGCGACGCCGCGCGGGAGCGGAAGAACAAGACGGUGACCUUUAAUGACCCCACCGCGCCGGGCGGACUGCGGCGCAUGGCCAGCCGCACCUACAGCGUCCUGGAGCUGAUGGCCUGGAGCAACUGGACCUGUUGGAGUCAGCGCCGCUUCCACAAGAACGUCAUGAAGACCACCUCCAAGGGCAACCACUGGGGGGAUGCGCGCGCGGCACUGGAACUGGCCAUCUCUCAGGUCCUGGAUUUAACUCAGGAGCGCGCCAAACUGAAAGUCCGUCGUAAUGGGCGUGCGAUGCAAGAGGCGGAGAAGCAGGUGAUUGAGGAGCAGCUGCACAAAGCCAUCCGCAAAGACCUGACGCUGGCGUUGUGCGCGCUGAUGCAGCACGGACUGGCACACGUCAGCAACGAAACCAGCCUGGUGCCGCGGCUGGUCUGCGUCUCCCGCCGUCCCGAGUCCACGGAACUGCAUGCCUGGGAUUUUAUCCUCAAGUAUUUCCAGUACAAGAAAGGCGAGGAUUUCAACCGGUCGGCGACGCGGCGUCUGGCCGACAGCUUCCAGCUGUCCAGCGUGGGCAGCCGGCAGAUCAACCAGCCGGAAGCGCUCCUGGCCAGCAUCGCCGACAUCCUGCACGUCCACGGCAAACUGCAGCGCACUCCCCUCACCCUCAUGAAGGCCUUCGUCUGCAGCGCGCUCAACCAGAAGACCUUGGCGCCGUGGCUGCGCCUGAUGUACUGCACGCAGCCGCUCGUGGAGGAUUUCUACACGCCGUGGAGCUACGCCAUGAAGACCCAUUUCGAGGACGCCUGCCAGUCGCUGGACAAUUUAAGCCCCUUCGACUUCCACUUGCCGGUCGACCUGGCCGUGCGCCCCUUCCACGCGCUCUCCGACGCCUUCUAAUGCAGUCUGUACCCUUGUCGCGCUGUCUUUCCGCCGACUGACGCAUCAUUUCCUCGAAUUGUGCUUUUCUAACAGAAUUUCUAUGA